GGGUCAGGAACCGGUCUGACGGGGGAAUGGAGCCGAGCUGUGUGUCGUAGGAACGCACACACACACACACACACACACACACGUACUGGCACACUCGCAUACGCGCCCGCACGCGCCACCGCCGGGGCCCAGGAGGAUGAGCGCACGGCACGCGAGGAGCCACGAACACACCCCGGCUGAGAGGAUCAGGACAUGUUUCGGAUGAAGGGCUGAAGAUGUGCGAUAGUGUGGAUGUUGAGGAGAAACCUCCUGCCCCCCCCAUGAGAAUGAGCAGCAGCUCUCGCGACUCUACGUCUGUCCUGCACUCGUCCAAACCGCUGCCCAUGGCUCCAGAGGAGAAAAACAAAAAAGCUCGCCUUCGGUCUAUCUUCCCCGGGGGGGACAAAACGAAUAAGAAGAAGGAAAAGGAACGUCCUGAGAUUUCUCUACCAUCCGAUUUCGAACACACCAUCCACGUCGGCUUCGACGCAGUAACAGGAGAGUUCACUGGCAUCCCGGAGCAAUGGGCUCGACUGCUGCAGACGUCCAACAUCACGAAGUUGGAGCAGAAGAAGAAUCCUCAGGCUGUCAUAGACGUUCUCAAGUUCUACGACUCCAAAGAGACGGUCAACAACCAGAAAUACAUGAGCUUCACGUCAGGAGAUAAAUCGGCUCACGGCUACAUCGCUGCCAACACGCUGAACCGCCUCCUGUCCUCCGGGCCGCCGCUCAGCCUUAGAACCUGCAGCGCUUUAUACGACAAGCAGCAGGGUGCUAAAACGGCGUCCGAGCCCCCCAUCGCCCCUCCUGUGUCUGAGGAGGAGGAUGAGGAAGAGGAGGAGGAGGACGAAGAUGAAGAGGAGGACGAUGAGGUGCCACCCAUCAUCGCGCCCAGACCAGAGCACACUAAAUCUAUCUACACGCGCUCCGUAAUCGAACCCGCCGCAACACCUGAGCCUGUUAAAGAGGUCACGACCCCGCCCGAGUCGCAGGUUCAGCCGGAGGAAACCACCACGUCCAGCACGCUGUACCGACACACCGACCGGCAGAGAAAAAAAUCCAAGAUGACCGACGAGGAGAUCCUCGAACGACUCCGAAGCAUCGUCAGUGUUGGGGAUCCGAAAAAGAAAUACACACGCUUCGAAAAAAUAGGACAAGGGGCGUCUGGAACAGUUUACACAGCCAUCGAUAUCGCGACAGGACAGGAGGUGGCCAUCAAGCAGAUGAACCUGCAGCAGCAGCCGAAGAAAGAGCUGAUCAUCAAUGAGAUUUUGGUGAUGAGGGAAAACAAGAACCCCAACAUCGUUAAUUAUCUGGACAGUUAUUUAGUGGGUGAUGAAUUGUGGGUAGUGAUGGAGUACUUAGCGGGCGGCUCUCUCACCGACGUGGUGACCGAAACCUGCAUGGAUGAAGGACAGAUCGCUGCAGUGUGUCGAGAGUGUUUGCAGGCCUUGGACUUCCUGCACUCCAAUCAGGUGAUUCAUAGAGACAUCAAGAGCGACAACAUCCUGCUGGGCAUGGACGGAUCGGUUAAACUCACGGAUUUCGGGUUCUGUGCCCAGAUCACCCCGGAACAGAACAAGCGCAGUACCAUGGUGGGCACCCCGUACUGGAUGGCUCCAGAGGUGGUGACCCGAAAAGCCUACGGCCCGAAAGUGGACGUGUGGAGUCUGGGCAUCAUGGCUAUAGAGAUGGUGGAGGGAGAACCGCCCUACCUGAAUGAGAACCCACUGAGAGCGCUGUAUCUUAUUGCCACUAAUGGAACUCCAGAGCUGCAGAACCCUGAACGAUUAUCCUCCGUGUUCAGAGAUUUUCUGAACCGCUGUCUGGAGAUGGACGUGGACCGCCGAGGAUCUGCUAAAGAACUGCUGCAGCACUCGUUCCUGAAGCUGGCCAAACCGCUGUCCAGUCUGACGCCACUGAUUGUAGCUGCCAAGGAAGCCAUCAAGAACAGCAGCCGCUAGAAGAGCAAUCACACACACACACACACACACACACACACACAUAUACGCACUACCAGGUUUGGCCCCAACAUGCCCCCAAGACACCCAGAACCCCUGUAUGGGUGUGUGUGUGUGUUAAAAGGAACCUGUCUCUCUAGAACCCGGAUCAUGAGAAGGAAGCACGUGUGAGCCGACUGUGUGUGUACCUGCUCAAUCUGAACUGAUGGAUUACUGCAAGUCUGGGGUCACACACACACACCAACACGCACGAAACUGGAUUCAGCUGCAUGGCCCACCCUACUCUGUGUACACUGUGUGUGUGUGUGUGUGUGUGUGUGUGUGUGUGUGUAACCUACUAUGCAUUUUAAGAGCCGAUGCGGGCCGUGAAAUGAAGCCAUCGCAUCAGUUACACUCACCAAAUGGGCAUUACACAGCAAAUACACACACUCGCAGAUAUUUACUCUCUCACACACACACGCAUGCACGCAUGCACACACACUUAAGGGGUGCUAAUACUUUUGCCUUUGCUUCAUCUGCAUCUGCUCUUCAGAUAUACACAACGUCACAACUCGGUAACUGUAACGAGUUCAGAUCUGCUGGGUACUUGCUGUGUGUGUGUGUGUGUGUGUAGCACUAAACAAACCUCAGUUUGAAGUUGUAGUCAGAGGUGGAAGCCUGCAGACGUUCGUACUGUUAUUUUGUGAUGAUGAAGUGAGUUUGUGAUCAUUUAUAGAUUUUUACUUUUGUUUAUAAAUGUGGUUUCAACAUUGGAAGAAUUUAACGAAAUAAUCGAUCAGUUUUAAUAAUAAUCAUCAAUAAUCGGAUGAUGAAGCCAAUACCAGGUGAAGGACCGGGAUGAGAAGUUAAAUUAAUACUGGAAAGCUGCUGCAACCCCGAAUUUAUUACUAUUAAUAUACUCUCGCUGCACUGUCAGCAUGAGCUUCAUGCCAACCUAACCAAACAAGCUGUUCAAAAGCACAAGGUAAAAUGUCUAUUAGUUUAAUAACUUUUACUGUUUGGGUCACAGAUCGAAAAUCUAGUAUUGGGGGGAAAAAAGGCAAACCAACUUCUAAAGCAAACAAAUAAAAGGAUGCAAAUAAAAUAAAUAAAACUAAAACGUAAGAGGAGCAGGAGGAAGAAAUAAUUAUGAGCAGCAAUAUAGGUCAAAUGCAUCACCAAUUAGCCACAGUAAAAUCUAACGGCUACUUCAGGGUCAGUUGCAAAUCAGAUCAUAACGCUGGACCCCUCGCUGCCUGUUUUGUUCCUCGUUUACAGUUCUGAGUUGUAAAAUAUUGGUUAAGCAAAAGUACAGAUUUCGGGGUGCUCGGCUGACGCAGUGGUCUAAUGCUUGAGCGUGAGAUGAGAUCCACCGCUGAGAUGUCAAGUUCAAAUUCCAGCUGUGCUAUUGACCUGACCGGGGUUCCAACAUGCACAAUUGAAGGAGCUUGUGUAUUUUUAUUAGCACCCGAGCACCUCAAUACUGGUGGUAAUAGAAGGAUGCUGCAGACACGUCGGAGAGGAAUUAGCUUGAAAGAUUUUGGUGUUUUCUUUUAAUGGUUAGCGGAAGAACUCUGUGUUUGUGUGUGUGUGUGUGUGUGUGUGUGUGUGUGUGUGUGUGUGUGUGUUUUACCUCUGCAUCUGCUCUGUAUACCAGUUACUCUCUGAAAACACUGUGAAAUUUCAGGAAGCUUCAAUAUCCUCCACAAUAUCGAGCCGCAUGAGCGCUUUAACCUGAAUUAUUCACUAUUAAUCCACUCUCAAUAAUUCUGUAUAAUAUAGAUGUUAUUAUUUAAAGCAGGACGUGUGUGUGAGUGUGUGUGUGUGAGUGUGUGUGUGUGUGUGUGUGUGAAUGUGUGUGUUUAAUCAUUCUGGUCUUUUUAGUAUUAACUGGACUUUGGUUCAUGAUGUAUAUCCUGAUUUUGCUGAGUGAUCGACAAUUUGUAUUAAUUUAUAUUUUCUAAUUACUAUAUUUUUUGGUUUCUUACGUUCCCCAC